CAACCUCCCUGUGGCUAACGUUAACCUCCUCGGGUCGUUGACAGCAGUAGUAAGGGCAUAAAUAAGACAGCCACUCACUUAAAGUCACAGCAGACCUGAGGGUUAUGAGAAACGUUUCGUUACACCAGGAAACAUUUUUAGAAAGACACUUAAUAUUUUCACAGCUGUGUCGACGAGAUAACAUUAACGUUGUUUCAGUGAGCUAACAGCUAGCUAACGUUGCCUAACUUGCUAACGCGUUCGCUAACUUGGAAAAAGCUUUCGAAAAACCUGCUAGAAACUCGAAACAACGCACCAAGUGAAGGAUAUAAAUGUAUCAGACAUAUUCGUGAUGGUGUCUAAUGUUUAAGCUGUGAGGGCCUGGUGGUGCUGCCCCUGUCUGCAGAAGUUGAAUUCAUGAGCAGCUUCAGUGACAGCAGUGCGUAGUCCUCCGGGAUGGGGAGUGGAGUCCAGGAGCAACGGGCCUCACUACAGGGAGAAGUGCUGCCAAACAUCCACCCCAAAACGAAGGACCUGCAGCAGACGCGCUCCAUCCUCAACGCCAUCUUCUCUGGAGCUUUAGCGGGCGCUGUGGCCAAGACAGCUGUCGCCCCAUUGGACAGAACCAAAAUCAUCUUCCAAGUGUCUUCAGAUAGAUUCUCUGGUAAGGAGGCCUACAGGUUGAUCUACCGCACCUACCUGAAGAAUGGCUUCUUCAGCCUGUGGAGGGGGAACUCUGCCACCAUGGUGCGAGUCAUCCCGUACGCUGCCAUCCAGUUCUGUGCGCACGAGCAGUACACGAGGAUCCUGGGAGGCUACUAUGGCUUUCAGGGGAAAGUCCUGCCUCCAAUCCCGAGGUUCCUGACCGGGGCUGUGGCUGGUUUCACGGCAGUCAUGCUGACUUAUCCUCUGGACAUGGUGCGAGCUAGGAUGGCUGUAACGCCGAAAGAAAUGUACAGUAACAUCCUGCACGUGUUUGUGCGGAUAUCCCGAGAUGAGGGCCUGAAGACGUUGUACCGAGGCUUUGCUCCCACCAUGCUGGGAGUUAUUCCCUACGCUGGACUCAGCUUCUUUACCUAUGACACACUGAAGAAACUGCACUCAGAGCACACCGGGCGCCCAGACCCCUACUCGUAUGAACGAUUGGCAUUUGGAGCCUGCGCAGGACUUAUCAGCCAGUCGGCCUCUUACCCUCUGGAUGUGGUGCGGCGGCGCAUGCAGACUGCGGGAGUCACGGGUCACACGUACGGCACCAUCCUGGGCACCAUGAAGGAGAUUGUGGUCGAGGAAGGGUUCAUCCGCGGACUCUACAAAGGUCUCAGUAUGAACUGGGUCAAAGGGCCCCUCGCCGUGGGGAUCAGCUUCACCACCUUUGACCAUACCCAGAUUGUCCUGAAGAAGCUGCAUGAGAUGGGCUACACGGGUCGAUAAUACUAGCGAUACAGAGGGGGGGGGAAUUGGGGAUUGCUGGAUGACGUGUUCCCAGUUGAACCAUCUGGAGAGAAGGGAAGUUAGAGAGUGACCAUGGUGUACACACACUGGCUCAGAAUGCGUUAUAUUAAUGUAUUCUCUCACGUUAUCGGUGUGCAGCAGGGGAUGUAAGCGUCUGUGGGAGGAUACACACUGUUGUCAUGGACAGCUAAGUGCAAUAUGUGCAGUGAUUUUCUGUGCGUUUGUGUGAACACAUGAUUCGUAACGCUCCUCCCCUGGUGGACCAGUCAACACGCACGCACGCACGCACACACACACACACACUAGGGUCUCCCAACUGCCUUCGGUGUCUGCUUAAAACUGACGCCUUUGAAAUGCAGAUUUAAACUUGUUUAUUUUGUAACUUUUCAAGCUGCAUUUGAUAACAGUAAAAUAAGCCCCCUUGAGAUUAGUUUUUUGUGAGUGCAUUUGUUUUAAGGAAUUAUACCAAAGGAUAGUAUAUAAGAUAGUUAUAGUAGAUUAUAUGAUGUUAGUGGUGUAUUUUUAAGCACAAAAGUUGUCAGAGUACAACUGGAAGAGCAACAAUCAUGCCUAGCACCGAGCACAGGAAAUGGCAUUGCUGCUGCCGUCAUAUGGUCAGUUUUGGUUUGAGUUGCAUUUAUUGAAAUUAGUCCAGUAUCUACAAGUGGAGCACGCUAAAGAUUGACAUUAUACUCACCAGUGCCAACAGAUAUGAAGUAUAAAGAGUGCCCAUAUGAUUUUGUUUGCACUGUGAUCUAUGAUGGGCUUUUUAAAAGAUUGUGAUUGAAAUGUGUGUUGUUUGAAGUACUAAUACAGAUGUUUAGACUUAUAAUUUAUGUACCAGUUGGGAAAACAAGAAGUUAACCUCCUACAGUCCCAUUUAAUGCACAUCAAGCAAUAUAAUAUUACAUGUACAGUCUAAUGUAACCCCUGACGACAGCCCUGCAAUGAACAUAUACCUUCAUGAAGAUUACAAUGUGCUGUUGCUGUGUGACAAGUGUCACUUUAAGUCCAGUACGCUUCUAGCCGUGUUGUUUUGGAUACAAUAUAUAGAUACAAAUGUUGUCUUUGAUGUAGGGUUGACAGCUGCAGGGGUUUUGUUUAAACAUGGCACAAGUUGUAGAGCUGUAGCAGUAUUGGCUAAUGAACUAGCUGACUGAAAAUAUGCACAAACGCCCGGUGAGGAGAUGAUUUUAGUUUCUUGAAAUGGGAAUGAUUUGGUACAUGUUGGUGUUUUCUGUAUUGUCCUUUUACCUCAGCACAAAAUCAAAUGUUCAUUCAUUUCCACAUAUCAAUGUGUUAUGUGGAAUAGUGUAGAAAGUGGGACUCGCUGCCUAGUUUUCUGAAUGAAUGUGAGACGGUGUAAACAGUAUGGGCGGAGGCUCACAGUGGUUGGAGAGUGUCAAUAGUUUCUAUCCUUAGACGCAUAGCGAGAGCUGAGGCAGCAGCUGAGCGCAGGAGAGUGACGGCGUCAGGAUGAAGCUUCUCUGGGAAACUGCUGUGAGGAUAUCCAACUACUUUGAAUGACAGUGACACUCAAAUAGCAAUAUUGUAAUGUUGUUUUUACCUCUAGAACUUCACUAAUAAGGUUUCAAUAGCCUAUGUUUUGUGUUUUCACUAUUUAAAAUAUUGAUUGAUUAUCAAAUAGGGAUUUCUGUUAACUAAUCAACUUAUCAGCUGAUUGUUCUAGGGCUUGUUAUCAUUUACAUUGAUUUGAGCUAAUGCUUAACAUCAGUUGGUUGUCCCUUAAAAGAAAACGAAUAUUUUAACAAACUAUUUUUUAUUGAACACACUCAAAUUGAAGUAAAAAAACGCGUCCUGGUCACCUGAUCGUGGUGAUACAUUUGUUUUAAUGGUACUCUUUUAAUAUCAGAUUGUGAUCUUUACCCCUUGCCUUCUUGGUGGGCAAUAAGUGUUCUGGGCAUUUUGAUCAAUGGAUUCUGACUGAAGUGCUGAGCAAUGCUGCAAAGUAGAAACUGAAGCUGAAUGAAUAGUUAAUCAUAAGUGCCUAGCAAGGGAUAGUAAUGUUUUACUAUGACUGCGCUACUUCUACUAACCUUCUUGAAGGUUGCUUCCAUUUUCUGUCCGUUGCUUCAGUCUUGAAGUAAUAAGUAUUUAAGGGGCAGCAGAGGAUUUGAAGUUUGGGGCUCGACCUCUUUGACUGAAUGUAUUACUUCAGGCCAGUUUUUGUAUGUGGAUUUUGUAAAACGUGUAAACUGCCCUGCACUGUUUUGCUGUCUAAAGUGAGAUGCAUGAUCCUGGCUCCCUAACGGAUCAAUCCAUUCCAAACAGUGUAGACCUGAUUCAAAGGUUAUUUGUAACCUGAUCUGAAUUGAAAGAGCGUUUUAGUGUUAUCAUCUCCCUAUUGAUCAAAGGAGGUAGGUGAUGAAAAACAAUACAAUAGGGAGAGUUCACAACAAGCUUGGAAGAAACCCAGACAAUCAUGAAAUGCCAAAAAGUUUCAUUUUUAAACAAAAGGUAUUCUCGUUUUUGUUGCAAACCUGACAGUGGCUUAAUGAUAGUACAUAAACACUACUACAACAGAAACUGGUCAAAUGUGACUCUUUGUUUGCUCUUGUUAAAGCAAAUGUUUUAACCCAUUUGUGGGUAAUGCUAGACGUGCAGACAUACAAUGCUACUGUGUUUGCAUGUUGCAACAGAUCACCUUGUAUUGUUUUUGUUUCCGUGCAGCAAUAAUACGACAGCUGUUUUGUAAAUCCUAGUGGUUUGUGCCAACUGAAUGUAAACGUAGCUACUAAUACCACACCCUGUGUCCAGUCUCUAGUGAUGAUGGUGUAUCUGUAGGAACAUUUUGAAAUAUCCAAUUCUCAAAUAAAACUGGAUGUUAAUAAAAGAUUGAUGCUUGUU